ACUCGUAGCUUCAAGUCUCCAUUCGAACUAUUCUAUGGUAAAACACCGUCAGUAAAACAUCUAAGGACCUGGGGAUGCCUCGCAUAUGUCCACCUUCAAAAGGAUCAGCGUCACGGCACCUUUGGAGCGCGUGCCAAGAGGUGUAUCUUCCUUCGCUAUGCUGAGGAGGCAAAAGGUUGGGUGUUUUGGGACACAGAAAAGCGCUCAGAAUUCGUCUCAGAUAGUGCAGUCUUCUAUGAAAGUAUAUUUCCAGGAACAAUUACUGGAACACUACCACGUGUUGACAAUUUCAAUCCUGAAUCCCAUCUCCUACCUGACAAUGAUCUGAUUCCCCUCAUCCAAGAACCUAGAGACCUUCGUCCUACCUCAUCAGACCCUGCAAUUGAUCCCACAAAUGUUCCUCUACCCUCCUCUCCUGUUUUACCUUCUCCACCCAUCAACCUUCCCCCAGAUUCACGCAUCACUCACUCAGUCCCUGAUCCAAAUACCUCUGAUUCUCCUCCCUUUCCUCCUAAUCUCGAUUUAGAGUCACAAAGCGAUAUUAUUGAGCCACAAAUUAUGCUUCAUCUACCUAGAAGGCCACAACGAGAACUAGAGCAAGAGCAGGACCAGCCCAGCCAGUCUCCCCCAAUGUGCCGAGAGGUUCGCUCUUUGCUUGACACUCGCCAUUUCGAAAGGAGAGAAGAAGUUACCUCAAGACUGCGACACAAUCGUAAUCAUAGCACACCUGAGCAAGCAUCUACAGCCAUCUCCCUUAUCAAUCCAUCCUCUACCAUCUCCUCCCACUACAAACCCACCAUAUUCCAGCGCAAAACUCCCAAAUCUAACGAUUCACAUCCUUUAAAUCCCAAUUCCACUCAUGAUAUGAACAUUACCAUUCCUCUCCUAGCUGCUGUUGAUCUUGCUUUGAACAUCUCGGACUCAAUCGAACCUAAAUCCCUUGCUGAAGCCUCAGAACGUCCUGAUGGUGACAAGUAUAUCAAUGCUGCAAUUAAGGAAAUUGAAGCUCACCUAGAGAAUGGGACCUGGUGUCUUACCCAGUUACCAGAGGGACACAAGGCAAUUGGAUCACGAUGGGUCUUCAAGAUUAAACGCGAUGCAGAUGGCAAAAUUGAACGCUAUAAGGCACGACUAGUUGCUAAAGGAUAUGCCCAAAGGGAAGGAAUCGAUUUUACAGAUACCUUUGCACCAACUGCCCGAUUUGCUGCCCUUCGCACAAUCAUAGCAAAAGCUGCACAAGAGGAUUGGCUCCUGCACUCUGUUGACAUCUCUACAGCAUUUCUUAAUGGCUCUAUUGAUGCAGAUGUGUUUAUGGAAGUCCCAGAAGGCUUGUAUGUUGACUCGCCAAAAGGACAGAAAUGGGUUCUACAACUACUAAAAGGUCUCUAUGGCAUAAAACAGGGACCACGCAUAUGGGCAAAGAAGCUUCACAGCAUUCUAGCAGAUAUGGGCUUCGCUCGUUUGGAAUGUGACCACUCUGUAUUCAUCUAUGACCCCAAUGGUGUACGUGUAGUCGUCCCAGUGCAUGUAGAUGACCUCAUUAUUGCAGCAAAAUCUCAGUCUGUGAUUCGCAAGUUCAUCUCCCAGCUCUCUCUUCGUUUCAAAUUAAGGGAUCAAGGUGCAAUAUCUUCUUUCCUUGGUAUCAAGCUUGAACAAGACUUCGAUAAUCACUCUAUCUCAUUAUCCCAACCUUCCUACAUUGAUUCCAUCAUUAAAGAAUUCCUUAAUAUCGAACCUACCGCCCAUUUCAACCCA